AAGGAAGGAGGGAGGGCAGGCUGAAGUCUGGGCAUCAGACUUGCAAGGUCGCGUGUGGGUUGUACCAGCGUGCCUUGGAAUCUCACCCUGUCCUGAGCCUGGAGACUUGAACCGAGGUAGAAAGUUUGGUUCCUUUGUAAUGGAGAGCAGGAAGACUCUGGAUCAGGAUGAAGUUCAGAAAUCGGAGCCUGGGAGAAAUACGGGAAACCAUAAAGAUUCGAAUACGGAUUUGCAAGUCACCUACUCCCACGAAGAGGUUGCAUUUUUUCAUUUACAUCAAACACAUCAUUUUGAUGAAUUUGAAUACCCUUCAGAUCAACACUGCAAGGGAGAUCUCUUCCCCAAAUGGCACUUGCCACUGAAGAUAGCGUCUAUAUCCUCAUUGCCAAUAUUUAUCUAUACUUUUCUGAGAGACGUGGUCCACCCUUUUGUCACUACUAAUGAAAACACUUUCUAUAAAAUUCCAAUCUUGGUCGUAAACAAAGUUUUACCAGUGGUUUCAAUCACCCUUCUGGCACUGGUUUAUUUACCAGGAAUAUUAGCUGCAGGUUUCCAGCUCCACUAUGGGACCAAGUAUAAACGAUUUCCACCGUGGUUGAAUGGAUGGAUGUUAUCAAGAAAGCAACUCGGCCUUCUCAGUUUUUUCUUUGCCUCAAUGCAUGCAUGCUAUAGCUUGUGCUACCCAAUGAGGAGAUCUUACAGAUACAAGCUUCUGAACUGGGCAUACCAACAGGUCGAGCAAAAAAAGGAAAAUGCCUGGAUUGAACAUGAUGUCUGGAGAAUGGAGAUUUAUGUGUCUCUAGGAAUUCUCGGACUAGCUCUGCUGGCCAUAUUGGCGGUAACAUCAAUUCCAUCUGUCAGCCAUUCUCUGACCUGGAGAGAGUUCCACUAUAUUCAGAGCAAGAUGGGGUAUUUAGCUUUGCUGCUAUGCACAGUUCACGCAUUGAUAUUUGCCUGGAAUAAAUGGGUUGACGUAAACCAAUUUGUGUGGUAUACACCCCCUACAUUUAUGAUAGCCGUUUUUCUUCCUAUUGUAGUCCUGCUUUGUAAAAGCGUCCUGCUUCUCCCAUGCCUCAGGAAGAAGAUCCAGAAGAUCAGAUGCGGUUGGGAUGCUAACACAGAGAUGAAUAAAACACAGAUGACUUCCAGACUGUAGAUUGAAUGAGUGUUUAUCCUGCUGCCAUGUAUAGGUUUAAUGAGCUCUAUGAAAUGGUCACAUGUUGGGUUUUUUUUUGUAUGCAUGGGUUAAAUACUUCUUUUGUAUUUUUCAUUUCCACUUUUGUUUGGGGGUAUGGCAUCUGUGUUCUCCUCUGACCUGAUCUGGGCUAAGGGAGUACCCUUUACUGAGACAGUGGAUUAAAUUGGGAUCAUUUAUUUCUUUAUUCUGAGUCUUAUGCCAUUUAAAAUCUUGUUCUUCAUUCCCAUAAGUAAUACUAUCAUCAGCUAUAGGGAUAGGCAAUCAUAAAUCACUGCUUGACAUGUUGACUACAGAGGUCAAUAAGAUAACAAUUUGAAAGAACCAGAUCUUACUCUUAUGCUAUAGAGGGUAUUUCCCAGUGCUUGCUCUGUUUAAGGUAACACGUCACAUUUUUCCCCCAUUCCUUUUUCCCCCUCUUUUUUUAUUUUUAUUUUUUUUCCUAUUUGUUUUUUUAUUUAUUUCUUCCAUGCUUUCAGCAGGAGCAAGCAGACACUUACGCAUGUGCUUAACUUAACUCGUGUAUGUCCUCUCAGUGACUUCAGUGCGGCUGCCCACAUGUAGGGUGACCAGAUUACAACACUAAAAUAUUGAGACACAUUGGGGUGCUGUCAGCCCUGCCUACAGUCCACCCCUGCUCCUCCCAGGCUCCACCCUAGGUCCCACGCCCUCCCCGCUUGGCACCCCCCCACACCGCACCCUUCCUCAUCCCCUGCUGGCUUGCUGCGUCCCUCCUCAGUCCUCCAUCCACCGCUCACCUCCUCAUCCACCGCUGCCACCCGCCGCUCACUCACCUCUUCACCCUCCCCGCCUGCCACUCCCCUCUUUACCCUCCCCACUCACCCUGACAGCACCGACUUCCCCUCUACUGGGUGGGUGCUCGCCCACCCCCCUGCCUCUUCCUGCUCAAUCAUCCACCCUCACUCCGCCCCAUUCCACCCCCUUCCCUCAAGUCCCCACCCCUGCCCUGCCUCUUCUCCAUCUCUUCCCCUGAGCACCCUGCAUCCCUGCUCCCCCUCCUUCCUCCUGGAAAGUGCUAAGUGCCGCCAAACAGCUGUUAGGUGGCAGGAAGCACUGGGAGGGGGGGAAGGAGCAGGGAUGCGGCACGCUGAGGGGAGAGGGUGAGGAGGGGGGAGCUUGGCUGCAAUUUUUCCCCAUGGGUGCUCGAACCCUAGAGCACCCAUGGAUUCAGCACCUCCUUCCCACUCGCCUCCUUACCUGAAUAUCGGGACAGAUGGUGUCCCAAUCAUAUGUUGAUCAGGAUGCAGGACAAAGGGUUAAAUAUUGGGACAGUCCUGAUUUUAUCAGGAUAUCUGGUCACCCUACUCACAUGAGUAAAGU